CAUGACUCUCAGCGACUGCGAAUAUUGUCGAGAUUGCUGACAACUUCCAGUCUCACGAGAUGAGUUCUUCCAGCACAUCUCCAACUGCACAAGAUAUCUGGAAGUGGACAUUCACUAAAGAAGCCAUCGCUCCAUGCUUCAUUAGAGACGUCCUCUCGAUGAAGGAAUCCAACGCCAGAGAUGCCGACUUUUACUGGCUGGGACACAUCCCGUGUCGAACAGUGUUCAUUGUCGGUAUAGUGGUUGGAAUCCAGGACUACGAAAAACGGACGUUGUACACUAUUGACGACUCUACGGCUGUCAUAGACUGCGUGCUUCGUCAUGUCCCACCUAAAGCUCCAACGAAUGCUGAUGCAAGUCGCUCGGUUCAGAAAUCAAAAUGGGAGGCGACUUCGCCUAUUCUUCCUCCGCCACCACCCACGCCUGUUACUGCUAUCGGCUACCCAGUACAAAUAAUUGGCAAAGUUUCUCGGUUUCACGAUACGAGGCAAAUAAUAGCUGAAUCUAUUGAACCCUGCCAGUCGACUAAUGACCAAUGGAAACACUGGAAAACCGUUGCGGAGCUUCACAAGUCGAGAUACUCCGUGCUCAAACCAUUUGAGAUACCAGCGCCUCUUGCUGUUUCUUCAUAUGAGACUGGUUCGAAAGAGCCUGGAAAUUGGCAUGAAAGGAGACUACCAGCUGCGGCAUCUAACGUUAUAUCUUCUUCCAACACUUGUGCGUUGGUAUCUGGGACGGGUAUACCCGUGCCCCGCACGCCAUUGAAGCGUCCAGCACACCACCAUGCCCCAUCCUCACCGCUUACGGAUAGCACAACCUCCGUCCCAUCCAGUCCAAUCAAACAUGGAUCUACAGACCCACCGAAACUUCGUCACCCUUCCCGGUUACAUGCGCGGGACCUGACUGAGAACACAUUUCGAUUAUACCUUAAGCAUUACAUGGAUAACGCUAUUGUGGCCCCCGAUUGGGACACAGAUGAUGAUUCAUUCUCGACGCCGACUAAGCGCCCGCGCGUUCCAUUGGACCAGACUCCCAAGGCACGAACGGUGUGCGCGAUGCAUGACAUGACGCCACGCGCAUCUGCUCUUCAUGAUAGUGCUCCCCAUCGCCCUGCAUUCACACUCUCGCACCUACGCCGCGUCCCGGAACUCGCACUCCUGGCUUGCCGGGUGGUUCAUAACGAGAUGAAGCGUCGUGCCCGAGCAGAAAGGGAUGUAGAGAAAGACAAAGCUAUACAGACACAGAAGACCUCGAAACCUACGCAUGGACCCUUCUCGAAAAAUCUUGCACAUUCACAAAUGAGGACCAAGCCUACGGAUGUGCCGCGUGUGAAGAUGAAGCGCCUGUUUUCAUGGGCGGUGUUAAAGCUAUAUGAAGAGGGUAGCAUCGUGCUCUGGGACAAACCACUGAUGCCCGUCCCUGUCUCCGGUUCUCGUGUUCCUGGGUCUGGCGACACAAACGGGUUGUGGAAGACUGUGAACAACACCGCUACUUGCUCAAGUGCGAAUGACUCUGUGUUUUCAACCGCCAAUAGCACGAUGUUUUCCUCUACCGGUGCUUCUUCGUCCAAGUUCGUCAUGUCUGAAGAAGAUGCCUAUCUUUCAGAUCCACCGAUGUAUGAGGAAGAUGAAGCUUAUGUUUCUGUGACGCCGGCAUUGCUUGCUGCACCUGUGCGAGAGAUCAUGCGUGCGAAGGGGAUGCGAAGCAAGAGUGCCAAGGUCGGAGCGGAGGAGAUCACCAGGUGUCUGAGAAGAGAGGAUGCACGCUGGGCGCGAAUUGGGGCAUGGGCUGUGGAAGAGACCAUGGAGAUGAUUCUUGGAGAGUGGAAGUAAGUUAGUCGCGUUUUGUUUGGGGUCGAUUGUGUCUGGGUUCGCAGUGUAGUAGCAUAUGAUGUCUCUAACAGUAUAAUAUAGCAUACAAGGUAGUGAAUGUAUGGAUUGCUCUUUUUGUACAGGUGGGCAUAUCUAUGUUGGAUGAAAGUU